UUUGUUUGCGAACUUUUUUCUAAUGUAUUAACCGAGGGAAAACUAGGUUCUAAUAUUAUUGUUUUGAGAUCGCGGGCCCACAAACAGGCAACCCAUUAAUACUAAAAAAACAAAAACGAUUUUACACAGUUUAUUGUAUUAUUUUUAUAAUGGGAUCCUUGAGACUCAGAUUUUUAUAAUUUUGAUACCACGUUUUAAAGAUAUAAUGUAAGAUCUAGAACAAUUGAUAAAGUUUUUUGUUUUGAAUAUUUUCUAUUGGGCUUCCUGUGGUUGAACUUGUCAUUUUUCAAGAUGGCGGAUGAAGAAGAACUAAAAGUGAUGAAACUGGAGUUUGAUUGGUUACUGAGGGAACAUGUUCCAAAAGUUCUCAGACAUAUGGAUGCAAUUCUUCAGGAAUGUCUAAUGUGGCUACAGUUUUCCAGCGUAUCCACAUCCAACAAGGGACAAGGAGAUCCUCCAAAGCCUCAAGACUACUUCAUGCUAUCAACUCCCAAUGCCGACUUAUUAAAGGGUUACAUUGCCAUUGAAGGAGAAGACAUCUCCAAAGCAGAUAUUAAGUUUAGGCUCCCAAAGGUUUCAAAUUCAGGUUUCAGAGUGUUUAUCAGGGACAGCCAUCCAUGGAGGCUUCAACAGAUUCAAGAUGCAAUCAACUACCUCCAACUUUGCACUGAAAAAGUGGAGGAAAUGAAAAAUAUGAAUAAUUAUUCAUCUGGCAGAGAAGUCAGCAAGAUCAUUGAUGAUAUAGCUAAUUGUCUCACAAAAGGAAAGAAUUGCUUGAUGGUUCCCAAAAAGAUGCCAGUCCUUGAUAUAAUUAACUCAAGUAAUCAGAAAUCUUUCAAGCCCAGCCUUCCUGAAGAUGUGGCGUCUAAUUUUUACAUCAACUGUGACAAGCUAGUAUUAUCAGUGUUUACAUUGAUAACCCUUCCUGUGCCUCCUCAAAAUCCUAAACAAGUAAUGGAAGGAGAUCAAGUGGGCCACACAUUUGAACACAAUUCAAAAUGGAUGGAAAUAAACAGCCACUUUGAGGUUGAUUGCAGCAUUCCGAGACUUAAAGACAGUGUUGUACUAUUUACAGCAGCAUUACAAAUCUGUCAACAGCUGAAAGACAAGAUUGUUGCAUUCAGUAUACUGGAUUCAAGAUAGCACAUAAAUAGUAUCUUGAUGGACCAUUUUUUAUUGUAGUAUGGAAGGUGGGGUAGAAAAUACCAAAGAACUUCAAGUCGAUCCCACAACAUAGGCCCAUUUUUAAGCCAUUAGGGUUUUGCACACCCCAAACCCUGACUUAUGAAAUAUGAGUCCUCCCUCCCACUCCAAUACUUCAGGAAAUUUGCAAGUGUAUGUAAAAAA